ACUGAAUCUUCCAAAUUCGAUGCAUUCAAUUAUAUAUCAUUAAUUAACACAAAUUUCCACUCAAUAUAAAUAAACCCCACCAAUUACAAACUCAAUUCAACUCAUAAAAAUCAAAUCUUUACUCUGUUUUUUUUCUUCAAACAUGGAAAGAAAAGAAGAUCAAGAAGUUAGAUACAGAGGAGUAAGAAGGCGUCCAUGGGGGAAAUUCGCAGCCGAAAUUCGAGAUUCUAAUCGAAAUGGAGCUCGAAUUUGGCUUGGAACUUUUGCUACAGCUGAAGAAGCUGCUAGAGCUUAUGAUAGAGCAGCUUUUUCCAUGAGAGGACCUUUUGCUAUUCUUAAUUUUCCUAAUGACUACCCGAAUCUCUCUGUUCCUUCCUCGGCCUCGGCCUCAAGUUCUUCUUCUUCUUCUUCUUCCUCUUCUUCUGCGAUUCGAAACUCGGAAACUCAACAAAGAGAAGUGUUUGAAUUUGAAUAUUUGGAUGAUAAGUUAUUGGAUGAGCUUCUUGAUUUUGACAACAAAGGAAAUCAAAGUUAACUAUUUUUAUUUAUUUAUUUUGUAUUUAAUUAUAUAAAUAGUUUAUCUUAAUUAACAAAAAAACAGAGCAAUAAAUAUUAAAGGAGAGAAAAUAAUGACAACAAAAUUUUGUAAUUAUACCUAUUAUUUUGGAAAAUUUUGAAUAAUUUAUAUUUUUGAUAUUAUAAAUUAUUCAAAAUUUAUCUAAAAUA